AUGGGCCUACUGGAAAUUCCCGGACCUAGAGACGUAGCUGUCGAAGAGUACGGUGAACGGCAACAGUCAAAUGUCACUGAUGACAAUCUCAAAGCUGCGUUUCGACAAGCGUGUAACGUUACGCUCGAAGAUGGUCUUGAUCUUAAGCAGGUCUACAAAGAUCAAGACCCAGAAUUCUUCAUCGGCAAGGGAAUAAAAAAGGACAUUGCCCGUCGUUUCGUAGAGGAUAUUCCUGGCUUGGUCCAGAAUGUAAAGAAGGCAACGCAUAUUUAUGAAUAA